CAGCGUUUUAGCUCAUCUUUUGCAUCUGAAAUACUUUUCUCUGCUUUGAAAAUACGCCGGGGAGAGAAGGAAUAGCCCGAAUUUCACAAAAGUAGAGGAGAAAAAAUUUAUGGAAUUUUGUGCUAAAACUUUGGAAAAUAUAUAUCUUUACUGUCAUUUGGUCCUCCUCAUAAAUGGGUUUAGAAUCAUUUUAUUGUUCUGUUUUUUUUUUUUUUUUUGGUUACGGUAAAUAUUCGUGAUCUUUCUUCAUAGCAAAGCACUCAGCUUCUGUUCAUAUUCUAAGAAAACUCAGAGAAAGAGAGUUAUAUUUAUUUUAUCAUUAUCAUUGUAUUUUUGUUAAACGAUGCAAACAGAAGCCAGAAUGGGGGUGGUGAUAGAGGGAGGGCAGAGAGGAUUGAGUUCAGGCCGUGAAAGCGUUAGUGUUGAUAAGUAUCAAUCUCAGAUCGGCACUGUAUCACAGCUUCUUGCAGGAGGUGUGGCUGGUGCUCUUAGUAAGACCUGUACUGCUCCUCUUGCCAGACUCACCAUUCUCUUCCAGGUUCAAGGCAUGCACUCUGAUAUUGCAACAUUGAGGAAGGCUAGCAUAUGGCAUGAGGCUUCACGAAUAAUUAAUGAAGAAGGAUUCAGGGCUUUCUGGAAAGGGAAUCUGGUUACUAUUGCUCAUCGCCUACCAUAUUCUGCAGUCAACUUUUAUGCAUAUGAGCACUACAAAAAUCAGUUCCUACAAGUAAUUCCAGGAUUGCAAAGUCACAGGGAAAAUAUGGGUGCUGAUGCCUGUGUGAAUUUUUUAGGCGGUGGUUUGGCAGGAAUAACAGCGGCGUCUGCUGCAUAUCCAUUGGAUCUUGUAAGGACACGCCUUGCAUCUCAGACUAAUGUGAUUUACUACAGAGGUAUUUGGCAUGCUUUACAAACUAUUUGCAGAGAGGAAGGAGUUUUGGGCCUCUAUAAAGGACUUGGUGCAACACUUUUUGGUGUUGGGCCCAACUUAGCAAUUAACUUUUCAGUAUAUCAAACAUUGAAAUCUUUUUGGCAGUCACAGAGACCACAUGAUUCUACUAUGCUGGUUAGUCUAGCAUGUGGAAGUCUUUCAGGCAUUGCUUCUUCAACAGCAACAUUUCCUCUGGAUUUGGUGAGGCGUAGGAAACAAUUGGAAGGUGCAGGGGGUCGAGCCAGGGUGUACACAACAGGCAUUUUCGGCAUAUUUAGGCACAUAAUCCAGACUGAAGGGUUUUGUGGUUUGUAUCGAGGGAUUUUACCAGAGUAUUACAAAGUGGUUCCUGGUGUUGGAAUAUGUUUCAUGACCUAUGAGACACUGAAGAUGCUCUUAGCAGAUGUUGGUGCCGUCUUAUAGUUCUUUCUCUCAACUCCUGGAAUAUAACAAUGAGGUGCUUGCCCCGGUAUGUAAUAGCAUAGCCAAUCAAGUUGUGCUUUCCCAUUGAGGUUAAUUACAUAAAAACUGCAGUAUGAAUUUAAUUUUUCCAUGUAUAGAUGGUGAAGACCAAACUACAUAUCAAAUGUGUUUUGCAUUGUUGUCUUCACAAUUCUCAUAUACAUCAAUUUGAUAGGGGAUUGUUUUUUAGUCAUACUGUUUUAGUAACAACAUUUUUUUAACUUUACAAUGUUGUAACUUAAAUUACCUGUUUGUAUGAUGGACACAUUUGAGUUGAAUAAAACAUUUCAGCACAAAAAGAUUCAUUCA